ACAAAUCAAAAGUGAGGAUCGCCUCUUCCUCGUGUCUUUUCCACCGUGCUCCACCAGAUGGGUGGUCCAGAUUUUCCGAAAUGGUUCGUCCCUUUCCUUUAAAACCUCAUUUUGCAAGCCACACACAGGACGGCGAGUGGGCUGCUUAUCUUCCUCAAGAUGCAGAAUUCCAGCGAAGCUUCACUGAUUGGGAAUCUCGACCGUACAUGGGUUUCUUCAAUCAAGCAAAAGCUACUUCUUAAGCCGAAAAUUCUCAAAGAUUCAUCAGGAAGUAGUUCAUGUUGCAUCCACAGAGUCCCUCAGUUCUUCCAUCAACGCGAUCAGAUGGCCUACACCCCUCAGAUCAUCUCGAUCGGUCCACUACAUCAUGGAAAGACGAGCUUACAAGCCAUGGAAGAGCACAAAUGGAAGUAUCUCCGAAGCGUCUUAUCUCGAGCUGGGAAUCGUCGCCUGCAGUUGUAUCUGAUGGCAGUUAAGGAGUUAGAGGAAAGUGCUCGCAGGUGUUAUUCGGAAACAAUCGACCUCGACAGCAAUGAGUUCGUUGAGAUGUUGGUAGUCGACGGUUUCUUCAUCAUCGAGCUCAUUUGCAAGGCCACCGGUCUAAUUAACGUUGAUGGAUGUGACCCCAUUUUCAGCAUGCGAUGGAUCUUGCCAAAACUGAAAAGCGAUUUGCUGAUGCUGGAAAACCAAAUGCCUUUCUUCCUUCUCCAACGCUUGUUUGAUCUGAUGCGUGAUCCAGGCCAUGAAAGCAUCUCUCUGGCUCACCUUGCACUUGAAUUCUUCAACAAUUCAGUACCCAAGAACGAAAAAACCCUAGAGAAGAUUACUGAUCUUAAAGGCCGGCAUCUACUCCAUCUAUUGCAUUUAAGUCUACUUCCCCACGUUGGUGUGGGGGAGGAGAAAAAAAGGGAUGACUGCAAUCCUCCUCCGAAAAUGAUAUACUCUGCUUCGGAGCUUCGAGAGGCUGGAAUCAAGUUCAAGAAAUGCGAGGAGGUGGAUAGCUUCUUGGAUAUCAAGUUUAGAAGAAGAGGAUUGGAAAUCCCUCCUCUAUCAAUUCAAGAUUGCACCAAAACUCUCCUUUUGAAUCUGAUUGCUUUCGAGCAAUGCUAUGGCGAUUGCACUGCCUGUGUUACAGCUUAUGCCGCCUUCAUGAAAUGCAUCGUCAGCUCCGGCAAAGAUGCUGCAAUCCUACGACGGAGCAGGAUAAUUGAGAACUGGUUGGGUGGUGAUGAUGAGAUGGCCCACUUCUUCAAUGAGAUCGGUAGAGAGGUGAGCAUUGUUGCUGACGUGGAUGGAUUUCAUCUCGGUGAGGUUAUCAGGGACGUUGAUCGGUACUGUAGAAGCGAUUCCCAAGCCCAGCGGUCAAGAUUGAAGCACAAGUACUUGAAAGAUCCAUGGCCUAUCCUUUCCUGCUGCUUGGCAUAGGUUCUUGCAAGAGAGAUGCCUAGCUGGCACACGUGUGAGAGAACUGGGCUGUUCAUCAGGUGGUGGCCCAAAAUUCAUGUUGGUCUGUUCAUCAUUUGGCCAGGGUUUGAGAGAAAUGAACGGGGAGAAACAGAAAAAACCAACUUAUGGGCUAUGUUCGGUAUAAGCAUGUAGGCCACAUUUUGAAAUGGGCCAUCAUGAUUUUUGGGCAAGGGCGACUACAGGAUGUAUGGGCCGUAUGGCUACGAUCUGUCACAUGUGAUCCGACAUGGAUAAUCACCUCUUCUGUUUUUAUACAUCUCCCUAUUUCUUCUUCCACCGUAGAUAUCUGC